AUGGGGUUUGAAAAUAUUUCAUCAAUUGUAACAUUAAUGAGCUUUGGAACAAUGAGAGUAUGUCUAUCGUCAUUGUUAUUAUUUCAUGCACAUAGAUGUUCAACUAAUUAUUUGGAAGAAUGGGGGCUACAAGAAAUGGUACCAAAAGAUGUUUUUGAUAAUGUUUGUCAACAAAAUGAGCUUCUUAAAAAAGAAAACAAACAAAUAGAGCUUCUUAAAAAAGAAAACGAACAAAUAGAAUUUCUUAAAAAAGAAAACCAACAAUUAAAGCUUCUUAAAAAAGAAAACCAAAGACUUGAAACUAUUUUAGAUUUAUACAUGGGUGCUUCAAAAAAACAAAAGAUUGAAAAAUGUCUUGGGGAUGAUUCGAUUUCAAGUGAAAGUUUAUCUGAAGUAAAAAUUGUCAGAGUUGAUACUAUACCAAUUCAAAAUAAUUCAAAAACUGGUAAUAUUCCAAUUGUUGAACCAAAUAUUAUUUCACCAAACACUAAUUUUCCAAAUUUCAGUGAACCAAAUAUUACUUCACAAAAUAUUAUUUAA